AUGCUCACCCCCGGGGAGUGGGAAGAGCGACGGCGGCAAAACAUCGAGAAAAUGAACGAGGAGAUGGCGAAGAUCGCCGAGUACGAGAGGAACCAGCGGGACGGGCUUCACGAAAAGAACCCGGUGCGCAACUUUUUGGACGAUCCGCGCCGCAGCGGCCCCUUUCAGGACGCCGAUCGUAAGGAAGGGAGCCGGCGGCACGUCCGGAACUGGGGGGGAGCCGAUUUCGACAAGGUCAAAGCGGGGAUGGAGCGUGAGAAGCAGGGACGCCGUUCCAGCCCGAAAGCCGGGGGACCGUUGGACAUGACGCUUUCCAUGACGGGUCGGGAACGAGCCGAAUACGUCCGUUGGAAAAAGGAAAGGGAACAGAUCGAUCAGGAACGCCUGGCGCGGCACCGUAAACCCACCGGGCAGUGGCGGCGGGAGUGGGAUGCCGAGAAAUCGGAGAGCAUGUUCAAGGAGGGUUCUGUGGCGGCGCCCGGCUCGGAAGCGAGCGGCGGGGAGGAAAACAAGCGCCCUCCUCCCAAACCUCCCACUUUCGGGGAAUUUCUCACCCCGCAUCGCACCCAGCGGAGGAAAAAGGGCCGGGGCCGCGGCCAGGGCGCCGGGACCAAGCCCUACAGCAUGCACGAUAACCGGUGGGAGGAGAAGGAGCCGCCGGCGCCGACCGAGGAAACCGAGAGCCAGCAGGCGGAGGAAGCACCGCGCGGGGCCCUCCCGGAGGCCCCCGCUUCCCUGAGCCCCGAGGAGGAUGAGGACCAGUGGGAGGACGUCAGCGAGGAGGAGGAGGAGGAAGAGGAGGAAGAAGACAGCCCAGAGGCGUCGAGCGAGGAUGAAGCACCCCGCAGGCUGAGCCCCGUGGAGCUGGCCGGGCCCCCCCGGGGGACGCCGAACCCCGCGGAGCCCCCCCGAGGGGAAGAACCGAGACCCGACACGGAGCAAGAGGCUUCGGAGAAGCAGGAGGAGGCGGCGGGGAGCCCGCCGGAGGACGGGACGCAAGGAGCCGCGACGUUUCCCCACCAGCCGGACGCGGAGGUGGCCCCUGGCACGGUGGAGAUCACGGACUUCGAGCGGGUGCGUUUCCGUAAGAACUCGCCUUCUCCGGCUGGCCGCUAA